UGCUCCUGUUUCCCAGGAUUCUCUCUGAUGGCUGACGGGCACUCGUGUGAAGAUAUGGACGAGUGCAUCACCAACACACACACCUGCAAGCCCAACGAGAGGUGUGUGAACACGCUGGGAGCCUUCGUGUGUGAGAGGCAGAUCUCCUGUUCGUCAGGGUACCAGUCGAGGAAUGGAGUCUGCGAAGACAUCGACGAGUGUGUGACCCGGACGCACGACUGUGGCGCGGCGAUGGAGUGCAGGAACAGCGAGGGCUCGUUCAGCUGCGUUCCCAAGCAGCAGCGCUGCUACACGGGGUUCACUCAGGACACCCAUGGCAACUGCAUCGACAUUGACGAGUGCAGCAGUCUGGCGGAGGCCUGCAGCUCGGGCUUCAACUGCGUCAACACGGUGGGCUCGUACACCUGCCAGCGGAAGGUGAUCGUGUGCAGCCCGGGCUACCACGCCAGUCCAGAUGGAGCCAGGUGCAUCGACGUUGACGAAUGUCAGACGGGCAUCCACCGCUGUGGAGAGGGGCAGAUAUGUCAGAAUGUCCCUGGCAGCUACCGCUGCAACUGCCAGACGGGCUACCAGUACGACGCCAUCCGCCAGACCUGUGUGGACGUGAACGAGUGCUGGCGCUACCCGGGCCGCCUGUGUGCCCAGACGUGCGAGAACACGCCGGGCUCCUACCAGUGCUCCUGCACCGCUGGCUUCUCCCUGGCCUUCGACGGCAAGAACUGCGAAGAUGUGAAUGAGUGUGACUCCAAUCCGUGCAGCCAAGAAUGCGCCAACAUCUAUGGCUCCUACCAGUGCUACUGCCGACAGGGCUUCUACCUGAAGGAAGACGGACACACCUGUGAAGAUAUUGAUGAGUGCUCGCAAAGUAUUGGUCACCUGUGUGCCUUCCAAUGUGUGAACGUCCCUGGUAGCUACCAGUGUGCCUGUCCACCCAGCGGCUACUCCAUGUCACCUAAUGGCCGCACGUGCAGAGACAUCGAUGAGUGUGCCAUUGGAUCCCAUAACUGCUCCUUGUCAGAGAGCUGCUUCAACAUCCAGGGAGGCUUUCGCUGUCUGUCCUUCGCCUGCCCCUCCAACUACAGGAAGGUGUCUGACACUCGCUGUGAGCGCGUGAGCUGUCAGAACGUGCAGGACUGCCAGAGUUCUCCGCUGCGCAUCACCUACUACCAGCUGAGCUUCCAGACCAACAUCGUGAUCCCGGCGCAGAUCUUCCGCAUCGGGCCCUCGCCCGCCUACGCCGGCGACAGCAUCAUGAUCGGCAUCACCCGCGGCAACGAGGAGGGCUACUUCAGCACGCGCCGGCUCAACAGCUUCACCGGCGCCGUCUACCUGCAGCGGCAGGUGCCCGAGCCGCGCGACUUCAUGGUGGACGUGGAGAUGAAGCUGCUCAGGCAGGGCACCUUCACCACCUUCCUCGCCCGCAUCUACGUCUUCAUCACGGCCAACGCCGCCACUUAGACACUUAGACACUUAGACACACUACACACACACACGCACGCACACACACACACUAGCUUCCUGGCCCGCAUCUACGUCUUCAUCACGGCCAACGCCGCCACUUAGACACUUAGACACACACACACACACACAC